AUGCUUUCGUACUUCAUUAUCAGUGCAAUUUCCAAAUCACAAUUAUCAUUAAGACCUGACAAUGAGUUUGAUUCUAAAGCUCCAGGCCUUUUUGAUAUCAAAUAUGUUUUUAAUGAUCAAGAAGUUCCAUUUUCUUACAACAAAGAAGGAACACAGGUACAAUUAAAUGUGACAGGAGGCAAAUCUUAUCAACUUAAAAGAAACGAUAAUGGUCCUCAUGAAGAUAUCGUUGUUACAACCAAGUUAGAUAAACUCAAUGAUGAUGUCGCUUCAAUCAAAUUUGUUGUUAAGAACACAGGUACUCAAAGUAAGACAAUCAGCCUUGGAACAUAUACCAGAUUUCAAAUAAGAAAUGAAGGAAAUGUUAAUGUCAAAAAAUUAAACGGUAAUCCAAGGUCUUUCUACAUCUAUUAUCCUAAUGCAAAUACAGAUUCCUGGAAGAAACUUAUUUUUAGACUUUCAGAUCCUCAAAAACUUGAAUAUCUUAGUCUUACACCAAUUUAUAUUCCACCUCAUAACUUUUUCUUUGGAUCAAUUGAAUCGAGUGAUGAUAAAUUUUUCCAGAAAUUUGGUAAUCCAGACAAUUUCGACUCUUAUGAUGGAUCAACUUCCAUGGUUUCUCUUUCUUAUUCUUGGGAAAAUGUCACAAUUGAACAAGGCGGCCUUGUUGUUUUAGGUAUUCAUUUCCUUUAUCAAUGGGAAAGUGAAGUUCAAUUAUUACCAGAUAAAUUAGUUUAUUCAUUUUCUUCUGAGGAAGAUAUAUAUGUUGGAAGUCAAAUUGUUCUUCCAAAACAAGGUCAGACAUAUUCUCCUCAAUAUAGAACAGAUAAUGGUAAUUCGAUUGGUGAUCAAAAUAGCAAUUCUUUUACCACAUACAAUGAUGAUAUUCAAAGACGGGGAUUUAAAUCAAUUCGAGCAAAUCCAGGAAGACACAAUUACCAACGUAGAUUCUUUAAUAUUAAUUCGUCAAGUAUAGGAACUGGUGAAACUAAUCAUUCAGAAAAAUCCAAAUUAAUUGUUCUGUCUAACAUUAACAAAAACAUUAAAUAUGAUUCAACAAAGGAUAGUAUCACUUUCGAAGUUCAAGUUCACAGUAAUUCAACAACAUAUGUAUAUUAUAUGAUAUUCAAAAAUGAAUUUAAUAUCAUUAACUUCACUAGUAGAUGCGAUCUAUCUACUAAUUCUACUUCAGCUUCAUUCAACAAAAUUAUUCCAUUAACAAGCUUAGAAAGAGGAGAAUACUACAUUGUUGUUAAGGCUUUUAAUGAAUUUGGCUUGAUUGCAGACAAACCAUAUAAAUUUUCGACAUUUAAGAUUGGUGACAAUACUAAAAUUGAGUCAUGGAAUUUUGAUAAACCAGUUUAUGCAAACGGCGACGACAUAAUAAUUACAGGCAAAUUCGCAGAUAAAGAUCCAGACGAGAUCCUCACAUUUUUAGUUAGAUUUGGAAAUUCUGGAAAAGAAUAUAAAUCUAACCAAGUUAAUAGCUCAGAGACACACAAUUUCACAAUCACGGUUAGAGGUGGUCCAGAAAUCACAGGAGAUGAUGUCCUUUGCACUUUAAUUGCAAGAGAUAUUAAUAAUCGUGAUGUCGCUACAGACACAAAGACUGUUCAUAUUUCUAACCCCCCAAUAUUAAUAGCUACACCUAGAAACACCGGUUUAGUAUUCGAUUUUAAUACGACAUUAGUUUUUGAUCUCACCAUUUCUGACGAUGAUUCUAGAGGAGAUAUCAAGUGGUAUUUUGAUAAUGAUAACGAUACUAUAUAUUCAAAGCAGUACAGUGUUGAUAAUCGUCUUUUCACAGAUCCUCUCACAGUUAAAUUAUCAGACUAUAAUAUUGUAUAUAAAAGCCAGAAAUACAAACUUAUAAUUUACGCCGUAGAUUAUAACAACAUCACAUCUAAUAAAGUCCCAUUCUCCUUCAAUAUUCUUAGCAAGCCAGUAAUCAAAAACAUCGAAUUGAACCAACGUGGUGUACCUAAUGAACAAAAAAUUCUCAAAGUUCUUUUUGAUGAUUAUGAUACUGAUAAGACCUUACAUCUUUAUGCUGGUUAUGGCUCACAAACCGAUCACCUCUAUGCUACGCCUUCAAACGGCCAAGUGAAUCAGACAUUUAAGACAAUAUUUAAAUUCCCACCUCAGUUCAAGGGCAAUGUUAACUUCUUCUUAUCAAGCAGAAGUGAUCUCCAAACAGUAGCAUCUUCUUCAAAUACUGAUUCAGACCCAUGGGUUCUUGAAAUCAUUAGUACAGAUAUUCCUGAAGUUUCAGCACAAUGGCCAGAAUUGGACAUUUAUGAAACAGGAGAAUCUAUUAAUUUCAACCUCACAGUUACAGACGAUAACUCUGGCAGUAUCAAAUAUACAAUCACAGGUAAUGGUUAUAAUCGUAAUAUUGAAGCAAAUCCAAAUAGAUAUGAAUUUUCCAGUUUCGGUUCAAAUUCAAAAACAUUUCCAGUUACCAUCCCUAUUCCAACUGAUUGCAAAUAUCAUACAGUUUCUAGUGGUUAUUAUCUUUAUGUUCAGUGCACAGAUGAUUACAAUGCUUCAUCAAGUCGUUUAUCAUAUCAAUUCCAUAUUAAGAACAAAAUUGUUCUCAAUAAAGCGACAGUUGUUCCUAAUUUAAUUCGUCCAGAUGUAAAUAAGCAAGUUAAUAUCACAGCUUAUUUCAAGAAUGUUGAUGAAAAAAGAAAUAUCUUUUUGUGGACAAAAUUUGGAGAUAAUGCUCCAUCUCUAUUAACAUCAGUUUCAAAAGUUGGUGAAAAUGAAAUGAUUUCAUCUGUUACAAACGUUCCUGUUGAUUCAGGACUUAAUUAUCCAGUUUCUGUUUGGCUUGCAGAUGAUUACGAUCAAUCCAGAGCUACAAGGAAUGGAAAAACAACUGUAAUUACCGUUGAUAUCAAUAUUACAAAAGCCCCAUCUAUGACAUCCCCAUGCAUUCCUAGAAUUGCUUACGGAAAAGAUGAUAGAAUCAAGAUUUCAUUAGAAGUUAUAGACGACACAAAUGGUAUGAUUGAAUUCAAGAUUGAUAACGAAGUUAUCGAUCAGCAAUUAUAUUACAACACCACAAAUGGAGUUGCUAAACUUUCAACAGAAAUUGAUAUUCCAGCCAAGUAUAAGGUAUUUGGAAAUCAUUCAAUUUCAUACUAUCCUGUUGAUGAAUUUGGACUUAGACCAACAACAAACGAUAGUAUUACGAAGUGCCCAUUCAUCUAUAAGAACAAGCCAUUAUUACAGAAACUCAAAUUGAACAAGACUGUUGCAGAUGAUGACGAUCCAAUUACUGUAUCUGGCAAUCUUGUCGAUUAUGAUUCAGGCAAAAAACUCUUCAUAUAUCAAAAGCUUGGCUCAUAUGAUCCAAUUGUUCUUGGAGAGAUUGUAUCCCAAGGAGGAUCUUCUCAAAAUUUCACAUAUACAAUCCAAAAAUUGAAAGGAGUUCCAUCAGGCCAGACAUCAAUUGAAAUUUAUGCAUCUGAUUCUAAUGUAACGAUUGAUGCAUCAAAACUUGACAGACAAGCAGUUUCUGAUCCUUUCCCUCUUUCAAUUUAUAUGGCAAAUGAUCCAGAAUUAGUCGUUCUUUUCCCUGAAGAAACAGUAUAUGGUACAUCAGAUAAAAUCGAAAUCAAAGUUAAUAUCACAGCAGAUAUCCAGGGAACAGUUUAUCUCUAUGAUAACUUUGAUGAUGCAGACUUCGAUAACACUUAUAAUGCUGUCGAUCAUAUAUCAUAUAAUCAUUCAUGUAUUGUCACAUUAACAUAUCAAACUAGCACUGAUUCAUAUGAAAAUCAGACACUGUAUAUUAAGGCAAUUGGAAAUAACGAUACAAAAUCCGAACUCUAUUCUAAGAGUUUUACAAUUAGAGAGGCACCUCAAUUAAAUAAGAUUCAACUUACAAAGGAUGCAUUUUCACCAGGAGAUACCAUUACAGCUACAUAUUAUUUUCAGAUUAAACAAGGUGGUUAUUUCUAUAUAUGUGAAACGAUCUAUCUAUGUGCAAAGAUUGGAAAUAACAUUCUAGUCAGUGAUGCAAUUAAUUUAUAUUCAUAUGGUGUUUACUUAUCGAACUCUUUUGAUAUCAAACUCAACCUCUCCCAGAAAACAGGGCCUACAACCCUUACUUUUUGGGUUCAAAAUACACCAAAUGUUGUCUAUCCACCUGAGAAAAAUUCUAAGUCAGCAACAAUUACAAAGAAUAUCAUUAUCACAAAGGUCCCUAAUGUCGAUUUCAACUAUCCUCAAGAGCAAUAUUACGGAUACGAUGAUACAUUCCAAUGCAACGCAGUGAUUAAAGAUGAUACAAGAGGUUACAUUUUACUUAAAGUCGAUGAUAAUGUCAUUAAGAAUGAAACAUAUACAAGCAAUGAGCUGCUAACGACAAAAUCUUUCACUUUCAAUAUUCCUAAAACAGUGAAAUACAGAAAUAAGCGAACUCAUGUCCAGCCUUAUGGUUACACAUACUCUAAUGAAUUCACUGUUACAAUGUCGGUUGUUGAUGAAUAUGGAAUGACUAAGCAAAAAUCACAAACAUUCAAGUUUGUUAACAAGCCAAAGGUCACUGCAAUUUCUGUAACUAAGGACCUAAUAUUACAAGAUAAAUAUUCCAUUUCUGUUAGAAUCAAUUACACAGAUGUAGACAAUGGAAAAUAUUUGUAUUUCUGGUUAUACUUUGAUGAUGUUAAAUACUCAACAUCUGGCUCUGUCACCAGCUCUGGAAAAUCCGCUUCCGAUGAAUUCACAUUUGAUAUUCCAAGUAACAAGAAAGUUGGACUUCACACAAUUAGCGUUAAAGCUGCUGAUAUAAGUAGUACAUACUAUACAUCGAAUAGGAAUUCAUUUUCAAAUAUUGAAAGUAUCCCAAUUCGUGUUACUUUCAGACCAUCAAUCAAAUUAGAUCGAAUAUCUAACAAUUUCAUAUCUAAAGGUCAGAAUCUUAGACUUACAGGUUCUCUCAGUUUUGAUACAACAACAUACUGCAAUAUUGUCGUUUCAUUCGGAUCAGUCCAAGCUCCGUCAACAAUGCUCGAUAAGUCAUCUCUCAUUAAUGGCAAAUAUGACAUCACAGUUACAGUUCCUGAUGGUUUGAAAUUCGGAAUAACAACAAUGAAAGUCAGUGCUAUUGACGGAAACUCAAUUAAAUCUUUGAAUUCUGGUUCUAGGUCAUUUACAUACAAGAACAAGCCAAAGAUCCAUGACUUCUCCAUGUCAGCAGAUUAUUUGACAACAGGGGGAAAGGCUUCUUUCAAACUCUUGCUUGAUGACAUCGAUGAUGGAAAGAAUAUCUUCGUUUGGAUGCAAAUUGGGGAUGGGUAUCCAUUAUGUGGUUAUAUGGAUGUGUCUAAUGGUAAAGAUAAUCAAUUACUUAAGUUCUCUGAAACAAUUUAUACAGCAUAUUCCGGGCCCACCAAUGUUCUAUUUUAUGUUACAGAUACAUCUGAUCCAUAUUAUGAAAAUCCCGAUGGAUUAAGUUUUUCCAAUGUACUUUCUCAGAAGAUCGUAUUCUCAUAUUCUCCAUUCUUCCAAGUUACAUAUCCAUCUGAUUUAUAUUACCAUACAAAUGAACUUAUCCCAAUUUCGUAUACAUGCGAAGAUGAAGGGGAUGUCACAAUUUACGUUACCAUCAACGGUUUAUCUAUCGACUCAAUGAAAGAAAUAAUCUCUCCAAAUAAUAGAAAGAUAUCUGGAACAAAGAACAUCAAUUUGACAGCUGAUAUCUUCAAAUACGGAAACAAUACAUUCAAUAUGUAUGUCGUUAAUAAGUAUGGAUUCAAAUCUCAUGAUCAAUCAAUCAAUAUCAGAAUAAUCAACCCACCAGUUUUAGAUUCUAUUCACAUUUCAAAGAAUUACGCAUUACAAGGCGAUAUCAUCGAAUUUGAUGGUACAUUCACAGAUCUUGAUCAGACAAAAGACCUUUACUUCUAUGUACAACUUGGAGAAAAGGCUGUAGAACAAAGUUCAUGGAAUGUUUUAUCAACAGGUGAAAAGGGACAAAAAUUCAGUUUUGGUCUCAAGAUUAAUAAUACAGAACCAAUUGGCAAGAAGAAGAUCAAAGUUUGGAUCAGUUCCAACAAUGAUCCAAAAAUUGUUUACAAUGCAGUUCAUUUAAACUCUAAGGUACACGAGUUCGAUUUCGAGGUUACUUAUACACCAAUCAUUUCACUACAACCAUUAGUUAAGUCAGCCUACAAUGAUGGAGAAAAUAUCUCACUAAGAGGUUCUGUAACAGCUAACUCCAACAUUUUCAUGAAAUUCAAGAUAGAUAAUAUCGAACUUAACGUUACAAAAGAGAUCCAAGUUACAGAAAAUCCACAAGAAUUCGAAGUCAAGUUACAGAUCCCAGAGAAUUUCAGGUAUGGAAAGCAUAAUCUCAACGCUUACGCUGUUGAUGCAAACGGAUUAUCAACUGGAUUGACACACAUCGAGUUCAACAUCCAGAAUCCACCAAGAAUCCUCAGUAUCUCUCUUGAGAGCGACUCCGUAACAGCAGGCGGAAAAGCCAAAGUUGUUGGAACUAUCCGAGAUCCAGAUCACGGAAACAGGAUCACAUUCUUAGCAGGCAUCGAUCUUGAAACAAAGACUAAAGUUUAUGAAAUCCUUUCAGAUUCUUCUGUCCAAGCAUUUGCAUUCGAGAUUAAUAUCACAUCAAAUAUUGAACUUGGCGAUCAUGAUCUCGAGGUCAUCGCAAGAGAUCCAGACAACCUCGAAUCAACUCCAGCACAAUUAACAUUCACUGUUGUUAAAGGAAAUAGUGGCAAUGGUGGUGAUGGCGAUUCAAGCAAUGCCAAUUCUAAAAGCGCAAAUAAAAAGAAGAAAGCUACAAAUGCGGGCUUAAUCGCAGGCAUUGUUAUUGUUGGCCUUGUAUUGGUUGUUCUACUCGUUCUUCUUGUUGUUCUUUUAAUUAAGAAGAGUGGCGGCAACAAUGCUCAUGAUUCAGAUUCAGAAACAGAAAAUGAGGAUCUUGAAGAAAGUGAGACUCAAAUUGCAACCUCAAUUCCAAUGGAAGAGGCAACACGCGACAACCCAUUAUUCUCCGCCUCUGAAGUAGCUAAUGAUAAUAACCCAUUCUCAGAUGAGUUUGAGGAACAAGAUCAUGUUGAUUAA